AGCAACAUCAAUAGUCAAGAUUUCAUAAAUAAGUAAACAAAGUUAAUAAUCAACAAAGUUAAAAUUGCGCAACAAAACAAAAUGAAAACAGAGUGGUAAUUAGUAAGCCUAAAUAAUAGCGUUAACAACAGCAGCAGCAACAAUAAAAAAAACAACAUUAUCAACAGCAGCAGCAAUAACAAGAACAAAAACGUCAACAGCAACAACAAUAGCAGUAGUAACAGCAAUCACAAUUCCAACAACAUCAAUAGCGGCAACAAAAGUAACAGCAGUACCAAACAACAGAACCAAAUAAGAUUUCAGGAAAGAAAACCUACCAAAGGGUAAUGGAGUCUUUUGCCAAAGACUGGAAGCAGACUCAGGACAAUUUAAUCGGCGCAUUAAAGGAGCAGAACACAAAUUAUUUAAGCACCAUGGAAAAAUUAUUGGAAAAAAAUCGCGUAGAAAUAGCCAAAAUGCUGGAACAGGAUCGUCGUGAGACAGCUAAUAUGUUUUCAAACAUGGUCAGCAUGAUCCAGCCGCCAUCACUUACAUCAAUGUGGUAUCCCCACCAAAUUGGGGUUCCAUCACGUAGUGCAGUGCUAUCUGAUUCAUUGUUCAGUAAUUUUUUGACUUCUCAAGCCGAUGCGCCAACUCCGGAAUGUAAUGGUAUUUUUGCAUCCACACCGCAGUCAUCUCCAGCUAAAUAACAUGACCUUGAU